CGCCCGGCACCCCGCCCGCGGAGCUGGGGGAGGCGCGGCCUCGGCCCGGCCCGCUCUGGGCUGAGCCUCCGCGAGGCCGCCGCUUUCUCCUCCCUUCAAGUCCUGGCUUGAGAGCCGAACUGCGAGCGCUCGGGCCGGGGGAGGGAAGAGUGGGGCAGAAAGCCGCGAGAGAGAACAGGCGAGCCUCUGUCUCCUCAAAAGAAACAGUGACGCGCCGCCUGGGAGCUGGAGCCCGCGCAGCGAUCCACCGGGUGAUGGACGGCCGAGCCCCGAGCAUGCAGGACGCCCAGGAGAUGCAGACACCCUCCGCCGCCCCAGCUGGAAGAAAACUGAAAGCCAAGGCACCACUUCCUCCAGCUGAGACCAAAAACCCUGAUGCCUCUUCAGUGGAUGAUUCUGUAGAAUCCACUGCUCUCACCAUGGAACAGAAAGAAAGCAUGAUAGAUAAAGACAUCGAGCUCUCAGUAGUUCUACCUGGGGAUAUUAUCAAAUCUACAACUGUUCAUGGAAGUAAACCUAUGAUGGACUUGCUGAUAUUCCUCUGUGCCCAGUAUCACUUGAACCCAUCAAGUUACACGAUCGAUCUGCUGUCAGCUGAAAAGAACCCCAUCAAAUUUAAGCCAAACACACCAAUAGGAAUGUUGGAGGUGGAGAAAGUAAUUUUAAAGCCAAAAGUUUUGGAUAAGAAAAAACCUACACCUAUAAUACCAGAGAAAACUGUGAGAGUAGUGAUCAAUUUUAAGAAAACGCAGAAGACAAUAGUGAGAGUUAACCCACAUGCAUCACUUCAAGAACUUGCUCCCAUUAUAUGCAGCAAAUGUGAGUUUGAUCCAGCACAUACACUGUUGUUGAAGGAUUAUCAGUCUCAGGAGCCCCUCGACUUGACAAAGUCUCUUAAUGACCUGGGACUCAGAGAAUUAUAUGCCAUGGAUGUCAGCAGAGCCACUUCUGUUACUGCCUUCCGUAAAUCAUCUGUACAAGAGUCCUGCCAGAUAUCACAAAAUUUAGACAUUAUGAAGGAGAAAGAAAACAAAGGGUUUUUCGGCUUUUUUCAACGCAGUAAGAAAAAGCGAGAUCAAACUGCCAGUGCCCCAGCAACACCUCUAGUGAGUACUAACCGCCCGACUUUUACAAGGUCCAAUACCAUUUCCAAAACAUACAUUUCAAACACCCUGCCAUCGGAUGCGCCUAAGAAGAGGCGGGCUCCAUUGCCUCCAAUGCCAGCAUCUCAGAGUGUCCCUCAGAACCUCGCUCAUGUCCAGGAGAGGCCAGCUUCUUGUGUAGUGAAAUCUGCGAGUGUGGAUGAAACAGAUAAGAGUUCCUGCGGAUCAGACAUAGUGAGAACAGGCUCUCUGAAGUUCAGUAACACACCCAUUGGGAAUUCAUCCUUGAAAAGGACAAAGCGAAAGGCACCUUCUCCACCCUCCAAAAUACCUCUGCAUCAGAGUGAUGAAAAUAGUCAUGUGACUGCCCUGCAGGCCGUCCACACAGACAGCGUUUCAGAGGCAAGCUCUCCAGAGGGGCUGUCCAGCCCAGAAGCUUCAUUUGGCCCCGUGCUUCCUGGCCACGAAGAGUGCACUGUUCCCACACUGGCAGAUGAAGUUGGUCUCUUGGAGCGCUCUGGAACACCCGAGGCGGCCGUAGCAUCUCUGACAUCUGGAGUAAGCUCUGAUUAUAGUCUUGAAGAGAUAGAUGAAAAAGAAGAACUGAGUGAAGUGCCUAAAAAUGAGGUUGAAAAUAAUUCUGGGAAGUCACAGGAUAUUCCUUUUGGAUCUAUGGAUAUAAUAAAUACACCGAGAAAUGAUCCUGACUCGGCCCUUGGCAAUGAUACUGGAGAGUCCUCACAAAACUCCAAAGAAGAAAAACAAGAAACUAGAAACACAGAUGGACAAGGACCACUCUUGAUGAGGUAUGAAGCAAGCAAUGAAGAGAUGGUAGUUGACAGUGUAAGAACCUUGAAGUUGUUAGGACCAGACCAAGAGAAUGUAGAUCAAAAUGAAAUAAUUGUCACUUCAAUGAACACAAAAGAUAAUAAGAAAAAUGAAGGGCGGAGAACAGAAAUCAAUGUAGGUGGUGUUGCCAAAAAUAACAAUGUGGACAUGGGAGUUGACAGACUAUCAAACUAUCAGGCACAUCAAACUGAGCCUGCUGGGAGUUACAAGGAAAAUAAUCUAGCUGCUUCAUCAGCACCAGGCCAAAAACUGAAUCAACCUGGGGCAGAAAAGACAAAAAUGCAAGAUGCCUCAAUUCAGACGACUCCUUCCUGUAACAGUUUUGAUGGGAACCACCAUUACCAUUUGUCUGACUUCAAAGCUGAUGAAAGUGUGCAGACUGCAGGUAACAACAAAUCAACUCAACAUUCCUCUUUAAGUCCACAGGGCUCUGUAGGUACCUCUAGAGAAUUCAAGAAUCAGGGCCCCCUAACUAUGUAUACAGAAGAUCAGCUCACAAUAAAAGAUUCCAUUUAUCCACAUAGUAACGAUGCUCUUUUGCCUCCUGUAGAUGGGAUUAAUAAAAAUUCAACUGCUUCUUAUAUAAAGAAUUACCCACUUUAUAGACAAGACUACAAUCCCAAGCCAAAACCUUCGAAUGAAAUUACAAGAGAUUAUAUACCCAAAGUUGGGAUGACGACUUAUAAAAUAGUGCCUCCCAAGUCCCUGGACAUAUUAAAAGACUGGGAAUCAGAAACCUUAAGGUAUGAAGAUGAUCAGGAUACACAUACUUUAGGAAGAAAGCACAUUCAAGAGAAUGUGAAAGAAACUGCCAUCCAAACAGAUGUUAUUUCCGAAAGCCCGAAGGAGCCGCAGAUAGACCUUAAACCCAAGCCUACGCUGAGAUCAGAGAAUCAGCUGCACAGUGUGGAGAGCCUGUCCCAGGGCACCAUGGCAAAUCCUCUGAAGCCUACUCCCAGGAUGACAAGAGACACUGGUACAGCUCCUUUUGUGCCGAAUUUGGAAGAUAUAAACAAUAUUUUGGAGUCAAAACUUAAAUCUCGUGUUUCAAAUACCCAGACCAAACCAAGUUCUUUUUUCUUGCAAAUGCAAAAAAGAGUUUCAGGUUACUAUGUGACAUCUGCAGCUGCCAAGAGUGUCCACAGUGCCCCUAAUCCUACUCCAAAGGAACCGAUAAAGAAAGAGGUAGAAAGGGAUACUGUGCACCGUCCAGAGCAAACUCUUUCUCCUUUCAGUAAAACAACGCACCCUCCUCCACAGCCCCAUGUUAAAAACACUGAUGAUGGCAUCAGCCGUCAGAAGCCCCCUCAACCUUCUCCUCCUCCUGUAGCUCCAAAACCUGUCUCUCUUCCCGCAAGUCAGUUAGCAGCACUAAAUCUGAAGACUCUGAAAACUUUUGGUGCCCCACGACCUUACUCCAGCUCUGCGCCUUCGCCGUUCGCCCUCGCUGUAGUGAAGCGGUCACAGUCCUUCAGCAAAGUGCGUACGGAAUCGCGCAGUGAGGGCAUGUCUGCCCCGUCUCCAAGUGACACAGAGGAAGGGAAGAUUCCUUCUGUAAAUAAAUUUGUUGAUGUCCCACAAUUAGGUGUCAGUAAUAAGGAAAAUAACUCUGCAUAUAAUGAACAGAAUUCCAAAAUACCAUCUCCAACUAACUGCCCAUCACUCACCCUUAAGAGGCAAAGUUCUUUAACUUUCCAAAGCUCUGACCCAGAAGAGAUCCGACAGAGUCUGCUGACUGCAAUCCGUUCUGGAGAGGCAGCUGCCAAAUUGAAAAGGGUGACUGUUCCAUCAAAUACAAUAUCCAUGAAUGGAAGGUCAAGACUCAGUCAUUCCAUGUCGCUUGAUGCCCAGGACAGCCGUUAAAUGUUGCCCUGCCACGCUAUGCUUCCCCUUCUGACUCAUAGAACAACUUCAUACUAUGAAGAAUGCUGGCAAAUGUAUAUUCAGAUGUACACUAAUAUAUUAUCUAUUAAAGUGUAAGAAGUUGUGCUGUGGCUUUUGAUGCCAAAAGAAGAUUUACUAGAGUUUAUAAUUUAUAAUAUUUUUGACCUUUUAUGCCUUAAAAGCUGAAUAUGCUACUUUAGAACUUUAAGACAGGUGUUAUGACUCAUUUUUUUUCAAAUGAGAAAUACUCUUUUUUUUGUUCCACUUACUGAUUGACACAUUCUCUGCAAUGUGAAUUAGACAAAAGGAUAAAUUAAGUCAUAGACAUAUUUGUGUGACACAUGAAUAACUAGGCAAACUUAGAUGUGACACUGGCUGCCUCAAUGUCACAGUUUAAUUACAAAUGUUUAUAAGUUAUAUGAUAGCCUGUUUUGUGCUGAAAGUGUGAUCUAGAAAACCAAUAUCAAAUAAGUAUAUUUAGUUCAACAGUUAAUUUCAGUGAUGAAUCAUUUAGUGUGCAGGUCUUAUCUUGUGCAUUUUUCUGUGUAAUUACAAAAUCAGUGUCAAAUUUAUGGGGAACACAUAUUUUAAUAUUUUAUUAGUAUGGAACACUUGUUUUUUUUUAAUCUUUAGAAAAAUUGCACAAGGUAAAUUUUAAAUAUUUUCUGUAUAUAAUUAUGGUAUUAUUGUCACAGAGAUAUUACACAUUUUAUGUGCCAGAAGCCUUAAAAAUCUUUCUGUGAAAAUGUUGAUACAUUGUGACAAUCAUUUCACACUUAAUAUCUAGAGAGGAAUAGGGGUUAGCUUAUGACCAUAUUGGAAAAUUUUAAAGACUACUUGGAGGUACCAGAAAUCUUGGUUUUAAUUAAAGGAAAAUGAUAACAUCGUUAUGUAGUUCAGAUGCUAAUAUUCUAAAUAAUAAUAUAUUUACAUUAAAGCUAAAACUGUUAAACAAAACAGUGCCUAUUUGUUGGUUUCUAAGUGUUCUGGAGUCUAGCUUGUUAAUAUUCUAUUCCUACUUUAAGAAUUUAGUUGCUCACUUGUUCUAAAAGCUUCAUCAAACAAGCCAAUGUUAAUUGUUUUCACUAAAGCUACUGAGAUAUUUGCCUCGUUGGAAAAUGUGUUGAUUUUUUUUUCCUGUUUAAUAAAAGCAAGUUAUAUA